AUGUCUAUAUCCGUUGUGUUGCCUAUCGGACCUCCCCCGCCGUAUAGUCCAGCACUUCUGCCAGUGUUGGAAACUCAGAGGACAUGCCCGACAGUGGAAACAGUCAAGACAUUUCGAACCAGUCAAACCCCCACUGGACCGGAGACCGUCCUUGAAGCGUUCCCAGAUAUGGUCCAUUCGCAAUAUACAGUCACUGUGCCUACCACAAACGACAACACCACCGAUAGCCACCUGGCGGCACUCUCCAUCUUUCAAUCCAACUUGUCCACCAGUACUCCUCGACCGGCUGUGUAUUACAUUCAUGGUGGAGGCCAAAUUUCUGGAAACCGCCUUGGCACCUUAGAUACUCUUAUGGGGUACUUUACCGGCAUCGAUAUCGUGGUUUCUACUAUUGAAUACCGUUUAGCACCAGAAUAUCAAGCGCCCGCAGCCCUUGAUGACAGUUAUGCUGGCCUAGUCUGGAUGGCAGAUCAUGCUGCUGAACUGAACAUCGAUCCAGCAAGAAUCAUGGUUAUGGGAAUUUCUGGCGGUGGUCCGAUUGCUGCAGGUACUGCCAUCCUUGCCCAGAGACAACGAUACCCAAAGGUUUUAGCGCAAAUGCUCCUUACACCUAUGCUUGAUGACCGCCUGCAGACAGCAUCUUCGCAGCAGUUUGCCAACUCCGGUCCCUGGUGCGGGGCAACAAACCAGAUGGCAUGGAGCAAUGUUCUUGGGAGUCAAAGGGGUGGGAUUAAUGUGAGCGAGCUUGUUGCACCAUCUCGCGCCACAAACUUGACAGGCUUGCCAUCCACGUUUAUUGAUGUUGGAGGCUCUGAAGUAUUCCGUGAUGAGGCAGUUGCCUAUGCAUCAACUCUGUGGAGGAGCGGUGUUCCAACAGAGCUUCAUGUUUGGGAGGGUGGCUUUCAUGGUUUUGAUGUAAUGGGUCCAGAUCUAGAAGUGUCGCGCGCAGCACGGGCAGCAAAAGUGUCAUGGAUCAAGAGAGUCCUCGGAGCUAGUGAAUAG